GGCGCCGCCGGGGCUGUCGACAGCGCAGGCGCGGCCCAGAUUGGCGGCGCCGCGGUCAGUAGCAUGCUCGCAGACGCACGAACGGCCCUCGAGCGCGCGCUUGCAUGGCUGUCUGGCGGCCCCGGCGCCGACGACGCAAGUAGGGUGCCGCCGGCGGGCGCGGGCGGCGCCGCGGAGGGCCUGGUGGCGCAGCUGGACUCUCUACUGUCGGCGGACCCAGGGGGCCGCAUGGCGGACGGCUGGGCCCGCGGGGCGCGCGCGCUGCUUGCGCUCGAGGCCGGCGGUGCGGAGCCGCGCGGCGCCGUCGCCGGCGGCGGUCUGGGCGGUGGAGAGGACGCGAGCGCAGCGGCGGCGGGAGCGGCAGUAGAACUGGGGUGCCACGAGGCGUCAUACCCAAGCGACCUGAGCCGAGCCCUGGAGGCCCUCACGCAGCGGCUACUGCAUCCCGAGUGCAUGCAGCAGGCGGUCUCGGACUUCCGCCGCUCGAGCCGGGCGCGGUUGUCCGCGCGGCGGGCGCUGAGGCGCGCCGCCCUCGCCCUGCAUGGCGCUUGA